AUGACAGAUAAGGCAUCAACGGCGGCCUCCUCGGCGCCAGGCAAACAUGUGGGCCAGCCAAAGCAGCAGAACACGAAGCUUCUCCAGGUUAUCCAGAACUUCUUCACGAAAACGUCCCAGAUCAUUCUCCAGACGCGAUCGGUGGCGGACCCUACGGUGUUUGACUAUGGCGUUUCUGGAGGUGAGACAGAUGGCGAUAGUAGGUCUUCCAAGACGAACAAGUGGUUUAAUUUGAAUAUUGCUUCGCCUGGAGACGACUGGAUCAAGGAUGAGAUGAAGCUCUGGAAGUCGUUUUCCGAUAUCUCCCAGCUCCACCCGAUGAUUAUAGAGACGUACUUGGACUUGCGCCAGCUAGAUCCUCGUGAAACGGUGGCGUUGGAAGAUGAUACGGGCAACUCGUGGACGGUUGCCAAAGGUGGGCUUAAAAAACAAGAGGUUGUUGUGGAACGGUGGUUGAUUGAGUUUGACCGGUCCGUGUGCUCUGCUGCUGGUUCAGACGAGCUUCCACUCAUAUACAAACAAGCCAUUGUGUUGCUUCGAGUGAUUUACGGCUACGCUAGGCUUCUUCCAGCGUAUAAGCUUCGGAAGAUUCUUUGUCUGCAAUCAGGCAAGGGUCUUACGCUUAUGAAUAAGAUUAUUGAUGGGAAACAGCCUAUCAGCUCCAAGGGCCGUAUCGGCUUGUCGAAAUCGAUCAUUCCACAUCAAAUGCUUCUAACGGAAUCUCAUAUGACCCAGAAAUCUUUUGAGCCGGUUAAGACUACCACUGGGUCUCUUAGAGUAUCUGUGGCUUACAGAAAUCACUACAGGUUUACCGUCCAAGAUAACGAGGAGAUGUUAUCCAACCAUUUCUGGAAUACCGACCAGGAGAAGUUGGCUGCUCUGCUCGAUCGGUCCCAUAUUUCCGAAGCGACAUCCAACUCUGCAUUGGACUCCCACUCGGCGUCGGUUUCCCAGGAGGAGACCAAAUCGUCCAAGGAGCCUACGAAUUUUGCAUUAAACACAGCGAAGCAAUCCAUCCUGCCAUGCACUUCAGAACAUCAGCCUGACCACCAGGAUGACCAUCAUGAUGAAACGUCCCCUACCUCAAAGUCGUCUGGCAGCCGCCUCAAGCAGGUGCUGUACGCCCAGCCCGCCAACGUUCAAAGACCCAGCAUCCAGCCAUUCAAAGUUGGCUCCAUCAGCAAUUCUCCGCCUACAGGUAAUAUUUCAUUUGCCUCUGGUGCUCCAGGAGCGGGUUCUUCCAUGGAAAGAAGGAUUUCAAUCACGAGCAAUAAGUCUGGUUCGAAUGCCUCCCUUGCUGCGUUGUUGAGAAACCCAAGAGGCUCUACUUCAUCUUCGAAUACUCCUACGGUUGCCAUAUCUGGAUCCCACGGGACCAAUCCAGGCGUGUUCCCUAGAUCUAUCUCGUCCUCACAUGGAUCUCACUUGCAUGAUGACCUUAACGAGUUGUCCAGCACUCCCAGGUUCUCGUCUUCAUUUGGUUCAAGACAAAGCAGAAGGUUCAGUAAUACUAGUGCUAGGAGCUCUCUUGCCAAUGAAGCCGGUGCAUCGUUAUACGGAGCUAGUGUUGAACUGACUACAUCAUCGGGUGCUCCUCUCAGCGGGCUCUACCUUGAUGAUGAUAUCAGCACAUUUGUCCGUAUGAUUGAUUGCAAGUCUGAUCUCAGAUUGAGCAGUACCCAGGGCUCAAAGACCAACUCAGGGAAUGCAGACAGCAAUUCACUGAUUGAUGCCUUGAGCAAGUUCCAGCUGUUGAAGGGCCAGCACCAGCAAUUGAGUGAUUCCGUGAAUGCUAGCGUGAUUUUCCAGCAUAACCAAGGCGGUUCAUACCAUAGCGGCAACUCGAGAGGCACCAGUCGUCCUAGCAGCCGCAAGUCGUCCCAGUCUCGGCCCUCGCCCUCUCCAUCUGUGUCUCCAAGCUCGUACGACAAUCAUUUACCGUCUAUCACUUCCAAGCUUGAGCUGAACACACUGGAGCAUAGUUUAUCCAGCCUGAGACCAAGAACGUCAAGACAGACGCUGCAAAUGAACCCCCAGCUUUCUGCUGCCUACGGCAGAAGCUCUAGAUUGGCCACAUCUCCAACAGCUACGAGCCAAUUGGCGCAUGUCGUACACGGGCCUUCAAAUGAAGAAGUGAUUGGUUUAUCCACCACGCCAUCAACGUACGACAGAGCUAAGCGGCCAAUCAAAUACGAGGAUGUCUUUGACGAUGAGGAUGAGGAUGCAAGCGACUACUUUAUGAGGAGAGUGGAGUCUGAUCCCACUGGUUCUCGAACGCACGACGAAAUAGGCUUCGACAACGACGACUUGCUCUUUGAGAUGACAGAUACAAAGGUUUUACGAAAUUCACGGUUUCUUGCUUAUUCUCGCAAUGAGACCUCUUCCUCAGAGUCUGCUCUUCUGCCCAUCGAACUAUACGAUCUACGAGUGAAGGAAAACAGGCUUAAGGAUGAUCCGUACCAGCGGAAGAUCAUUCUGAGUUUGUCAGUGUUGCAUCAAAAAUUAGAGACGUACGAGCCUCCGCAGGUGGAGAAUCCAGACGUGGAGAGCUUGAAGCCAAAGAUAGGUAUCGCCAAGUUCUUUGACUCGUUUUUGGGUUCCAAGAAAGCAGAAGUGAAUACGAUAGAUAUCCCUGAGAACGAAAUCAAGGGCAUUUACUUAUGGGGUGACGUGGGCUGUGGAAAGACCAUGCUUAUGGACCUCUUCUACAUGUCUGUGCCUAGUCACCUAGCCAAGAAGAGGUUUCAUUUCCAUCAGUUCAUGCAAAACUUACACAGACGGUCCCACCAGCUUAAGAUAGAACACAAGCACAUGGAUCUUGAUGUCAUUCCUUUGCUAGCCAGCGAGAUCUCUCAAACAGCCACAGUUUUAUGUUUUGACGAGUUCCAAGUGACUGAUGUGGCCGACGCCAUGUUGCUUAGACGUCUUAUGACGUUGCUUAUGAGUCCAGAGUACGGCGUGAUCUUGUUUGCUACGUCCAAUAGAGCUCCUGAUGACUUAUACAUGAAUGGUAUCCAGAGAGUGUCGUUCAUCCCAUGCAUUCAGCUUAUCAAGAAGCAAACUCGUGUGAUUUACUUGAACUCCCCUACAGACUAUAGAAAGGUGCCAAGACCGGUUUCUUCUGUUUAUCACUAUCCAAAGCCAGGCGUGAAGUACCAUAGCAAGCUGAACCAGACCGCGUGCCGCAAACACAUCAAGCAGUGGUUUGAUUACUUCAACAGAGACGACCAGACCAACGAGCCAAAAAUCAAUGAUGAACUUACUGUCUGGGGCAGAAAGCUUAUUGUGCCAGUCAGCUCGCACCCUUACGUUGCACAGUUUUCGUUUGAAGAAUUAUGUGGACACAACCUCAGUGCUGGUGAUUACCUCACGUUGGCCAACACAUACAAGGCGUUUAUUGUUACAGAUAUUCCAUACUUGAGUAUAGAAGCCAGAGACGAGGUCAGAAGGUUCAUUACCUUCUUAGAUGCUGUUUACGAUGCACAUGACUGUUUGGCUACCACAGGAGCAGCCCCGUUCAAAGAUCUAUUCGUCGAGCCCGAAGACCUCCAGAAAGAUAAUUAUGAACUUUAUCAACGCCAAAAGAAGAAAGGCGCCGAGGAAACCUUCGAGGACGAUGAGUUGGUGGUGAGACACGGUUUUGAUAAGCUGAUUGCGAAGAAAGCAUCCAUGUUUGUCAACGACGAAGAAAAGUUUGCCUUUGCGCGUGCGCUCAGUAGACUUACACAGAUGGGCACUACCGACUGGGUCGAAUCCGGUGCCGAUAUCGACUAG